GGUUCUUAUGAGCUCUAUAAGUCUGCGGCCAUUAUUAUUUGCAUCCGCUAAAACCGCUGCCGUCGCAGCCGCUGUGUCCGCCGUGGCCAGCGCCACCCCUGCUGCUUGUGCUUCCAAUGCCGGCCAGCAGUCUCUCAGCUGAGAUCCUGAAUGUCUAGGUGAGGGCGUGUGAGUGAGUGCGUAACCUGUGAUCGGGAUUUACCAGGAAAGACAGAAGAAACGACGGCAGCUAUGGGAGGUUCGUUGUGUCAAGGGGUACAUGGGUCCUGUGUAUAUGGCUAUGGGUCUCUGUAUCUUUCUGUGUUAGCCGCUGUGUGGUGCAUGAGCAGUUGGCGGUAAGCGGCCUCGGGGAGAGCGCUACCACUCGACGCUAACUGAGAAAGGGCGCUAGCACUCGCACACAAUCGCCGCGGUUACCUUGACGGCUGGUUCGCAGGCUGCAUGAUAGCCAAGCAGACAGACACGGAGCGGAGCAGGUGGCACGGGUUCUGCUAUUGAGCUUUGGCCACAUUGUUGCCAUUGCUGAGACAAGUGAGCACAUUGGCAAGCAAGCAGGUAGAUAAGUAACUAGCCGCCAGUUGCGUGACACUAGACGAAGCAAAGUCAGCAGCAGUUUGUUCUUGAAGUCUUGAAGGUGCUUCGUUGGUCGCAAGGGCCGUUCGCUAAAUGUAGUGAGGCUAGCAGUUGUUUGGUCGUUUGCGUUCCUUACCAGACUGCUGGCCUGGGAGCCUAUCUUUGAUUGUGCGAAUAGUGGCAGAGCAACAACAAAACAGCAUUUCGCUUAAGUUUUGUUACUGUUUCUGCUGUUGUUAUUCGCCGUUCUACUGCAACAGCCGUGGUAAGCCGGUGUUGGUGUUCCGUGCCCCCAAGUCAUCUGUUUGUUAAUUUCUACGAUACCACUAACACGAGCACCCCUAUCCUCACCAUUACCAGUGAGUUGACUGCUGUUGGCACUAUUUCCGCGGCUACAACUGAUCCGGCAAGCAACAGCAGCCACUGGUUCUAGAGAGUGGAGACUUCUAGGUCGCCGGAUCAUCGCUGCCUGCCUCGUCGUAGUCAGGUUCUCCGCUCCAUCGUCGAGGUACAAACGUUGGUCUGCCGUACCGCAGUGGGAGUAGGCAGCGAACACAGUGGGACGCCGACAGGCGGAUCAUAAUGAAAAAGAAAGACAACCCACAGAGAAAUAUUAUGUUUCCAUUUUAAUACUAUGACCAAUAUUUAGGCAGCCUAACUAGAAAAUCCAAGAAAAUGUCCUGCGAUCAGCGCCGGCUUUCGAUGCUUUGAUGAGUAACGAUUCGACUAGCAACGAUCGAAAAAAUCAUCAGCAAAAGAAAUAGACGCAAAGAGCAAUUUCCACGUAGCCACAGAAAUAGGCAGGAGACCUCUGAACAGCAGCAGCUGUCUCGAGCAAGCAAAGGUGCCGGUGACCCUCUGCUUCCAUCUGUCCACGAUCUACCUGUCUGUCCAUUCUUGGCUGUGGUGCUGAUGGUGUAGUGAUCGUUGAGGGGUUCUCGUGCUUCGCUCGUCUACUGUGUGAUAGUUUGUACCGUCUGUGCUUUAGCGUUCGCCUGCCAGUCCGUCCGUCUGUCUCCGUAAUGGUUUGCCGUAAUCGUACUGGCUGUGCCGUAAACGGUGCGCAGGGUUCGCCUUCAUCGCUGUGCGAGUAUUGACUUAGCUCCAGCUGCAAACGUGUAUCUAUUGUGAAGCUAACGAUUACAGCGUUUGCAACUGCCCGUCGGGUGCUCAUGAGCGUCGGCUAGAUAAGAAAAAACGACGAAGACAAAGAAGAGAAGCACGGCACGACGAUAUCAACAGCUGCCGCAAAAUUUUUAUCCUCGUCCCUAACAGCUGAACAGUGGACGUCUCUUGUCUCAGAGUAAGCGCCUCGUCCGCUCCAGCUACCAUUAUCUGUUCCUACUAUUGCUAUUAUUAAUUGCCCGGUUCGUCCGGCCAUGACUCGGCGAAAGGCCCUAGAGUAGACGGAACACUAUCCUUUUGCCAACAGCAUUCUUUUCUGCUGCGGCCCGAAGAAAGACUCGGCCAGGACUCGGUGAAAGGUUCUAGAGUAGACGGAACACUAUCCUUUUGCCUGCAGCAUUCUGUUCUGCGGCCCGAAGAAAGCCCAGAUUUUUGCCUCCACUCAACGGCGGUUUACCGCCGCCGGUCGCUUCACUUCGACUUCUUGACACGCUUAACAAUUUCGACGAGUCUACUACUAGCGGAGCCUCUUAUACUAGCCAGAUUCAGCCUCUCGACUUUUCUGCUCGUCCUCACGUGUGUUCUGUGCAAAAUUUAGAAGAAAAAGAAGAAAAGAGAUAUUGAUCCCCUUUUCGCCUCGGACUGUGCUUGUCUCUGUGAGUCUGCGCAGUGUUUUUACGACGAGUGUCUGUAGUCGGAUCGUGGCCAGCUGGACUGUGUGUGCGUCUCUUUUCGACGCACUGCUUCGGUGUUUUCGCUUCCUUUUCUCGAGUUCGUAUCCAGAAACCUUUCAUUCCGUUUUAUAAAGGUAGGCGACGGCUCUACGGUAUUGUAAGCCAGUGAGGGGCCGGCCAUGUCCCGCUUCGGGGGCUACGGGGGACCUCAUACGGCCAAUGGAGGCCAUUUCCACCACCACCACCAGCAAGGACACACGCCGGCACCUUACGCGGGAAUCUAUGACCGUUUCGACCGAGGAUUUGAUGGACGUCACCCUGGUGGGGGGUUCUACGGAGAGUAUUACAGCAGCUGCUAUGCGACGGGUCCGACGAGUUAUCCCGGACCGGGCCGAUACGAGCCUUAUGGUGCACCACCGGGUCGACUGGGAGCCGACCGUCGACAUAGUGGAGGCGUUCGACCGAAGGCAACAUCGGGGGGUGCAUCUAAGGGCGCUGCUAGCAACCUCAAGAGUGGUGCUCCAAACGCAAAGAAGACUGGUGGUGGCCGGCGACCUUCAGGUAAACGCACCUCAGCGGUGCAGUUCACGGCAUCACGAAGCCGGCUUAAGCCGCCAUUCGUGAUUUCACAGUCGAAAUGGGGAAACAGCAAUCGGUCGUCGUGGAUCUUUCCUCGGUUUGGCGACUAUAUUGAUACACAGGAUACGCCGAUUUGGCUUACACCCGAUGAUCUCGUUACGAAGUUUGAGGUGCCUCCAGAUAACCAAUAUUGCCCAGAUUGCGGCGUCCUGAUUAUUAACUUGAAGCGGCAUAAAGCAUCUGACAUCCACCGGGAGACCUUGGAAGAGAAACGCGGCCAAGUCGCCAAGUGGAAGCUGGAGUUUAUGGAGCGUAAACGCAAAUACGAGGAGCGUAAGGCGCAGGGUGGCAAAAGUGACGAUCAUCAGGAUAACAAAGAUGCCGAUGAGGUCGAUGAGGACGGAAAUGGGGUCGAGGAUGAUGACGAGGAGGAGGAAACAGGCGAAGGUGAUAUUGAUGAGGAUACACUCAGAAUGGUGUCCGUCUCCAGCUGUGAUGAAUCUAGAAACAGUCAAGAUGCUGGCAGCGGCGAUUGUGCGGUAUCCGUAGAAGAAGCGUCGUCUGGUACAGCAACAGCAGCCGAAAGUGCCAGCUACAAGCGGGGGCACGAAAAUGGCCAGGGAGAUGACGAGAUAAUGGACGAAGCAAUGGAAACAGCCGACGCGACUUCGAAUAGUGGCCACCACUUGCAGCAAUCGCCCUGCAGUCACCAGUUGUUAGUCUGUCUUGCUGAUGCAACGCCGGCGUGCAAUGGAACUACAACGGAGGAUCUGGAACCGGCAGUAGCUAAGGCGUCCCCUAGGAGCAGCGGCACGACGCAGCAACACUGAUAGUUAUUCAAAUGAAAACGAAAAGCGAAACAAAGAAAGGAAGCGAAUCGAAAGCAGAAAAUAACUCAGUGAACUUACUCACCUGAAUUACUAUGACGCAUUGACACAUGUAAACAUGGCGCAGUAAAACACGAUAUCUCAAACAAGCAUGCAGAGACAGACAAACAAACUGACAGACCGAUUGAUGCGCGUCCAUAAAAUGUUAAAACUUAAUGACAUAAAGAACUUGACAACGAGAACAACGGCAACAACAACAAUAUCAACAACAAGAGUAGAUGAUGACGACAAGAAUUGAAUGCGCCGUUUAUUUAUUAUAUUUUACACGUCUUUAUUUACUGGAAUGAAGCGGAUACAGCAUUACUGGAAAGCAUAACGAUUUCGUCUGUUACCUGGAGAACAAACCGAAGAACAUGCGGAUUUUUAUUAGCCAGUGAGUUGCGCAUUAAUGCAACUUAAAACAAUAAUAAUAAAAUCCUUAGUGAGAUUGAACGUUUCUCGGCGAUCAUAAUCGCAGUAGAAGAAAUCUAAAAAAUAACUGUGUGUCUUUUAUUUCUCCCUGUUUCUCAGGUUUCUAUUAAGAGAGUUCACCUAUAAUUAAGAGCUUUUUAUUUAUUAGUCGUACAGUUAUUGAAAUCUCUUUUGGCGCACUUUCCAACGGACGUUUUGUUGAUCCUCUAAAAAUACAAUGUUGACCGCAGAUGCUAUGAAGCUCUCUAGUUGCUAAUUUUCUUGAUAUAAGCGAAGGUUGCUGCAAGAUAUUUAUAACACUUUGAAGACGCUACGUUACCUCAUCGUAAAGGAAAGACAAAUCAAGGAAAUUGACCAACAAUUGGCGGCUUCUCUGUUUUGGAGAUUGGAUUUAAGCGCGUUUUGUUUUUUCUCCACCAGAGUUUUGUCUAUAGAGCAUGGGGUGUAGCUAUAUACAUAUAUAUAACACACUUAAUUAAUGAUCUCGAAAAAAGAUGACAACAAUUUUGGCGAAGUGAAAAAUCACAGAGGAUAGGUGAGAGACGCGACGUUAAAAAGUCGCUAAAUAUGGAGUAAAUGCGCCUAUGAUAAAUAACGGACUAAAAGUAAUCUUCUACAACAUCAUACUUGUUAUUUAUUGCUAUCAAUAUAUAUGAAUGACUUAUUACUACCAUGAUUACUACAGUAGAAAUGGUUAACGAGUUGUUACUUCAUUGCGUCUUGACGCUUAUUCUUUAAUGACAUAAGGCUUGGUUUGAUCAAUGGUGCACUGAGGUGCAUCAGAUCUAAUCAGUUCGGACCAGGUUCAAACAACGCAUGACUAUUUACAAAAGGAGGCGCAGGCCAUUAACAAGCCAGCCUCGCAAGUUCGAAGUGAUAUCGUUUGACAGAGCGAAUGCUCUCGCAACCUCCACUGGAAAUAUGGAAGUCUCUUGCAAGUAAGCUCUCGAUAAGAGUUGUUACCUCAAUACGUAUACGACGGCUGACGUGGCUAUUUCUCGAAACUACAUGGCAUAAAAUUCACAACUGUCCAUUGCUUAAAGAAAGCGCCAGGUUCUGUGACCCCUGUGUGGUAAUGAACAAACCCAGUUCGACGUGAAAAACAAUACUAACACUCUCGAAUGACGUUUACUGUAAUGCACUGUUUAGCUGCGUAAUACACAUUACACGGAGCAAUUCCGGUUAGAACAAUAGGAAGGCUUUGACGCUAGGAGGCAAGAAACGCUUAUGCUAAGCUAAACCGUACUACGUCUAAGAAUAACAAAAAAACAUCUCUCUUUUUGCAAUCGAAUCGAUCGUUUGUUUUGUUGAGAACUACGACUUUAUCGUUUUGAUUUGGGACUUGGUCAGCGGAUGAUCAAAAAUUAACUUGAUAUUUCAUAUUCAUGUAUGUAGCUAAGUCCUACAACAAUACACAUUUUAACUGGCUCCAGACUUCUACUCCGCAGGAAAUGUACCUCGACCGUCGAACUAUUUAUUGCGACGAAUUGUGCAUGACAAUGAUCUUUUUUAACAUUGAUUUUCAACAAACUUUUUACUGUUUUUCAGCUACUAAACACCAGAAUUUAGGCGAUGCAGUCAAUUUUUAUGCAUCAUGUCAUAACAAAGUAGCCACAGAACGGAAGUAACAGCCAGCUAUCUACUAGCAAGCUACAAGCGAUAGAGACACGAGGAAAUACACACCCGAGUCGAAUCUCAAAGCCAGAGAGCGUCGUAUCCAUUUAUAUAUAAACGAAGCGUUAAUUGGCCGCGGCUAUACAAAUUCCGCCGAAAUAGAAGCGUUGGAGAUCGUCAGCAUUGCCGGGCACACAGGGUGCACAGUUCAAUAGAAAAAAAUUAUAUAUAAUUUUUUUUUAUAUAUAUAUAUAUAUAUAAUAACAAGAAAUAUAUA